UUCCGCUCUGGCCCUUGCGCGCAGAAUAAGGAAACUCGGAAGCCGCCGCGACUUUCCUUUUUCCUAGCGGCCGGAAAGAUGGCGGACAUUCAGACGGAGCGCGCCUACCAGAAGCAGCCGACCAUCUUCCAAAACAAGAAGAGGGUCCUGCUCGGGGAGACCGGCAAGGAGAAGCUCCCGAGAUACUACAAGAACAUCGGUCUGGGCUUCAAGACGCCCAAGGAGGCCAUAGAGGGCACCUAUAUUGACAAGAAGUGCCCCUUCACCGGCAAUGUCUCCAUCCGAGGGCGCAUCCUGUCGGGCGUGGUGACCAAGAUGAAGAUGCAGAGAACCAUUGUCAUCCGCAGAGACUAUCUCCACUACAUCCGGAAAUACAACCGUUUCGAGAAACGCCACAAAAACAUGUCUGUCCACCUGUCCCCCUGUUUCAGGGACGUCCAGAUUGGCGACAUCGUCACCGUGGGCGAGUGCCGGCCCCUGAGCAAGACGGUGCGCUUCAACGUGCUCAAGGUGACCAAGGCUGCCGGCACCAAGAAGCAGUUCCAGAAAUUCUGAGCUGCCCGCCCGCCCCAACGCAAUAAAAGCUCUUUCUACCCACAGGCCAGGCUCCAGGUGCCUGCACCCUUACCCCUGGGUGGGGAGAGAAGAGCCGGGAAUUGAGGGGUGGUCGUGGAAAGAUGGGGUCUUGCAUAGGUUGUGGGGUCGAGCUGCCUGCUGCCUACAUCGCUGGGGGAUGUGACUUGCCUCCAGAUGCCGCCUCCCUGGGACCUGUGGCGUUCUCGUUACCUUCUUGGUGUGGGAAUAAAUGAGGCCUUUUACUUGA